AUGACGAUUCAUAUAUCACUGGCAGAUAAUCUGGACUGUACUUUGAAUAUUUUAUUUUACCAAAUACUCCAGAGGAGGUACCAUGUGAACCAGGCUUUUGCUAUUCCGCAAACUCGCUAUUCCGCAGAAUUGAGUACCACUAUUGUCUCGUACCCAUCCGUUUUCAGUCGUUUGACCUCCGUGGGAGCCGCGUCUGAAGACGCGGCUCCCACGGGAGAUCCUGAGCCAAAAGCGGAUGGGAACGAGACAACGAUAUCUGAUUUUGCAUACAGCGGUCCAUUUGAGAGGUUUAAGGCGCACUGGAGCCAUUCUUCUGAACUUCCUGCAGCUGGCCCCUGGCAGCUCUCGUUCGCGCUGGUAACUUCUUCUGCCUAUCGAGUCUGGAACUCCCUCAGGAUUCCUGAAACGCCUGCUGCGUCCAUGUAUCCGAGUUUCACUCAAGGGCUGGCGGUCGCCGACCCAGUAGGGAAGACGAAAGUGGGACUAGCACUUGCUGACGCGGUGGGGAAGACGAAUGUAGGGCUGGCACUUGCUGACCCAGUAGGGAAGGCGAACGAAGGGCUGGCGCUAGCCGACCCAGUAGGGAAGGCGAAAGUGGGACUAGCACUUGCUGACGCGGUGGGGAAGGCGAACGAAGGGCUGGCGCUUGCCGAAGCGGUGGGGAAAACGAACGUAGCACUGGCGCUAGCCGACCCAGUAGGGAAGACGAACGUAGCACUGGCGCUAGCCGACCCAGUAGGGAAGACGAACGUAGCACUGGCGCUAGCCGACCCAGUAGGGAAGGCGAACGAAGGGCUGGCACUUGCUGACCCAGUAGGGAAGGCGAACGAAGGGCUGGCGCUUGCCGAAGCGGUGGGGAAAACGAACGUAGCACUGGCGCUAGCCGACCCAGUAGGGAAGGCGAAAGUGGGACUAGCACUUGCUGACGCGGUGGGGAAGGCGAACGAAGGGCUGGCGCUUGCCGAAGCGGUGGGGAAAACGAACGUAGCACUGGCGCUGCCCGACGCGCUUGGGAAGGCAAUACUGGGCACGCCCGACGCGCUAGGGAAGGCAAUGCUGGACACUGCACUUCCCGAGGCGCUGGGGAAGGUAAUACUGGGUACGACGAUGCCCGACGCGCUAGGGAAGGCAAUGCUGGAUACAGCACUACCCGAUGCGCUAGGGAAGGCGACAGAGCUGGGGAAGGCGUGA